AGAAAAGUGUACUGCUUGCCACUUCGCCAAUCUAUGGAAUGCUCUGAUGCAUGGGAAGAGGCAUUGUCCAGCAUGAAUAUCAUAUCCUUUUGAAUGCUGUUGACCUCCUCUUUACUAGUGUUUAAAGAAGUUGUCAUCUAGAUAUUGGAAGUAGUCCUUUUACACCAUCUGCAAGUCAGAAAGUUCUUACAGUUUAAUCACUGAUAAUUGCAGCCCACACCAUCACUCCUUUACCACCUUGUUGACACUUGAAGAUUAUCAAAAGUCCCUCACAUCUCAUCUGUCCACAGAACCUUUGUAAAAUCAAUCUUGAGACAUGUUCAUUCCCAUGCUUGACAUUUGAACUUAUGUACCUGUUUGAGCUUUUGUGACCUUAGCAAUGUCACAUAAGACACUGCAUUUAGUAUUUAUAGAGAUCUCAUUCAAAUUGCAGUUUUGAAAAAUGGUGGCACUUGAUGCUAAAUGGUUUCCUGAAGUCUGCCCUUUAAUUUGACACCAAUGCUUGGAUAAUUUGCAUGUUCUUUUCUCUACAUGCUUUUUCCGUCCUGUUUGCCUUUUGGACACAAAAUACUUGAUUGUACAAUGAUCACGUUGUAAAUGUCUGGCAGUUUCUAUUAUCUUGAAACACCAUAUUCUUUUGCAUCCUUAUUUAAGGCAUCCACUGUGGGGUGAAAUGAAAAGGCCUCCUUUUUCCCAUAGCCUGCUGCCCUCAGGCUACUGAGAAAGGGACAUUUUUGUCCUUUUUAUUCAUAAGCCAACCGGUUAUUAAAACAAUCUAGCUUCUAUUGUAGAGUAGCAGUUAAAUUAACAGGGGUUACAUGUGGGUACUCAGUCGUAGAAACUAUGGGUUUGUAGCAGCUCCUUGUUGCUAUGGCAUUGCUACAUGUAAUUCAUUGCAACUGAGGGUAUUCUUCACUCUAAAAUGAGACUGUACUCUUGACUUAGGCAAUUGUCAAGAACACAAGUGAUCCUCAGAGAAAAAUGAUGGUGAAGAACAGUUGGGGUCAAGGUUCAAAUAAAAGCACCCAAUUGGAUCAUUGUAAUUAAAUUUGUGAAGACAGAAAAGUUUCAUAAAACAAGUUUUUUUUUUUUCUUUCUUUUUUUUUUGCUGUAGUGUUAGUAUGAAGAGAGCAGGUUUCCCACCACUAUCAUACUCUCCUGCUGUAUCUUCAGUCCACUCAUGCAAACUGCAUGCUACUUUGUAACCUUCUGCCCUAGCACCAGCUGUUGUUGGUCUUUCACCAGCAGCUGAAGAAUAUUUUCUUUCUGGAUGCCUUUCAUGAACACAGCAUACUGAAGAGGGCUACUGAUUGAUGGACACUCCAACAAUGGAAGAAUUUUCACAGUUUUACAACCAGUCAUCUGAAGAUUGUGGAGGUGCAACAGAUUGGGAGAACAUGAUUUUUGGGAUUUACUACAUCCUAAUCUUUUUCUUUGCUUUGAUUGGGAACUGCUUGGCCCUCUGGAUCUUCUCUUGCCAGCGUGGAGUUUCUUCCCCAGCCAAUGCCUUUCUGCUACAUCUUGCCAUUGCUGACCUUUCCUAUGUCAUCAUUUUGCCCCUUCGAGCCACUUACCAUCUGACAGGGGGGCACUGGCCAUUUGGUGAAAUUCCUUGCAGAGUCGUGGGCUUCCUGUUCUACGUUAACAUGUAUGGUAGUAUAUACUUUCUGGCUUGCGUAGCUGGUGAUCGAUACCUUGCUGUGGUCCAUGCUGUGAGAUCUUUAAAGAUUCGUCGACCUCUGUAUGCUCACAUUGCUAGUUUUUCCCUCUGGUUCCUGGUCAUCGUGUCCAUGGUGCCCCUACUGGCCAGCCAGCAGACAUCUGAGAUGGAGGGGGUGACUGUGUGCUUGCAACUGUAUCGUGAGAAAGCUUCCCGUCAUGCUCUCAUCUCUCUGGCAGUAGCUUUCAUUCCCCCAUUCAUAGCCACUCUGUCCUUCUACCUUCUUAUCAUUCAUAGCCUGUGCAAGGGUUCUAGGUUAGAGUCAGCUCUCAAGCUCAAGAUCCUGGGCACCAUUGGACUGGUCCUGCUCAUCUAUGUGGUGUGCUUCCUGCCGUAUCAUGCCAGUCGAACAAUUUACAUCCUGAGCUAUGGUCACCCCAGUACAUCCUGUGAGGCUAAGAGGCGCCUGAUGCUAGCCAAUCGUCUCACUUCUUCCCUAACCUGCAUGAAUGGUGCCCUGGAUCCCUUAGUCUAUCUUUUUGGGGCAGAAAAAUUCCAGGGAAGUCUGCGGAGGCUUCUUUGUAGGGAUAAGGCAGGGGGUUCUGGUGCUACCAGUGGGGACCUGAAGGGAACGCAUGACAGCUCUCUGAGUGCCAAAUCUGAGCUCUGAAGAUCCACACUAAGCCUGGAGUUUGAAAUAAACAUCAGUGAUUAUCUUAUAUUUUGUGAAUAGUUUGUUAGUCUCCCCAAAACACAAGUGCUGAAAUGACCUGAAAUGUUUUUCUUUCAUUUUUCUAAAACAAAAUUUUGCUCAUUUGGUCUUCUGUAUUGUGUUCAGGGUUUUGGACAGAUGAAAAUGCAAACUCAGCAUUAACAUUUGUUUCAAGUCGCUAGUGGGAUUUAUAUGUACCCCACUCUAUAUAAAUAUUUAAUCAAGCUUCAGCCAUAGUAUAUUUAACCUACAAAAUCUCAGCUAUUCUUUUUUGGCUUUAAAUAGUUCCCUUUCUUUAUUUUGCCAUAUGAUUUUAUAAUAGUCUAUUUAAAAAUAAAUUCCAGCAAUGAAAUUCUGUUAUGAACUCUGUUAUGAGUUAUGAAAUUCUGAUUGGUCAAAUUAAAGCUUUGAAUUGUACUGCACACACACAAUGUGCCUUGCUUUGGACUGCCACCCUGUUCAGGCUAGGCUCCAGGGUCCCAUCCAAUCCUGUAUGAUAGCACGAUGGAUGGAUGAAUGGAUACUUUAAAUAACAUUCCAUGAUUCUUAUGGUUCUUAUGAUUCUUAUGGUUAUGAUUCUUCAGAUCAUGUGACCCACCCUCUGGUUUGUCUUAUGGGUUCUUAUGGGUAUUCUUAUGGGUUACACCUCCAGGAUUGGGAGGUGGACUCCUGCAUUUGCUGUGUGUGUGUGUGUGCAGUUUGUAUGUUCUCCUUGUGUCAUGUGGGUGUCCUCCUGCAGUCCAAGGGCAUUCAGUUAGGUUUCUGUACUGGCUUUUGUAGAUUAGCUAUAGUGUAUAAAUGUGUGUGCAUGUAUGUUUCCUACAACAGGCUGGCACCCCAUCCAGGGAGUAGCCCAGCAUUGUCCCCUGUGCUGCCUGGGACAGGCUCUAGGCCCCCUGCGACCAUCACCAGGAUACAUAUUCGGAAGAGCGAUGGACAUUAUGCAUCAUCUGCAAGUGGUUACUCAAAAAAAAAGGAAACAAUAGCGAGGACUGUUAUCAGCUAUCAGUAUACACAUCACAAUUGCAUCCUUUAACCAUGCUUUGUCCGUGUCAUCUCAAAAAUAGCUAGUUUGCAUUCUUUCCAUUAUUUAUUCUCGCACUUUUUACAUGUAUGUCAAUAAAAUGCUAAAGUCA